UUCCAGUCCAGUGUUUGCCAUUCUCGUAUCACUAUCGACUUUCGGUCUCCAUAUUCCUGCCAGUAGAUCUCGGAUCAUUGACUUUUGAGUCGACCCAAAAGUCAUCUCGGAUUAGGAGCCAUCCGCCGUGCAGAAAGAUCCUUUACCUUGUCCGAGUCCCUAAUAGCCUUUCCCAUACGGGGCGUCGUCACGGUUCAUCCUAUUUCAGAGGCCGCGGUUACAUCUCGCAAGCAAGUCUGCCUCUUCCCGUGUGGCCGUACGCGGCCUCGCCGUGACGUUUCAACCACCGGGCAGAAGCUACUACCACUUAGCUUGAAGCUACUACCACGUGCGUCGGCGACCUAAAGGUCUUUAUUCAGCCAGAGCUCGGCGGAGCCCGAGCGCGCCAAGCAGCGCAUCCCGCUGCUAACUGCGGCAAACGAGCGCCACGACCCGGGAUCUCUGACAGGCCUCGAGAGUUUCGCCGGGGAGCACCGCGCAUGGGCUUCGCAAGGCUCUUCGGCGGGCACGAUCAACCCAAGGUGGCAGCAGCGAAGGAAGCGUCUCCGCAACCAGCUGGCGCUGACGUGCCCUACUGGAAGAGGCUUCCGAAGCGGUACGAGCAGUUGAAGCGGAAGGCGGCGGAGGUGCGACGGCGGAGGGAGCAGCAGGAGAAGCGCUCCAAGCAGGCGGCACUGCUGCAGGAAAAGGCGCAGCAGAGGGUCAAGGAGCGGCAGGAGAAGAAGCUGGUAAAGAAGCAGCAGCAGCAGCAGCAGCAGAAGCCGCAAGCAGAACAGAAGCAGCAGCAAGUGCCUUCGCAGCUGCAGCAGCACCAGCAGCGGCUUUCGAUCCCGAAGAUGGACUUUAGUGAACAGGUUGCUUUAGGGACAGCUGGUAACGAGCAUGCUUGUAUGGAGGAUCUGCUGAGCCCCCGGAGUGUCUUCGAUAGUGCUCGUUCGAUGGAGCAGGGUCAGGAAGCUGAAGCUUGAAAAUAGUUUGGUUCUUUAUAUGGCUGGAGGGGUCUAGUGUGGUAGGAUGGGAUGGGAUCAUGGUACUGGUGAAAUAAGAGGUUGACUAGAAUGCUUGGGUUUACAUGAGUAGGGGCAAUAAUAUGGGUGUCACCUAGAUUUAUCCAGUACAUGCACCAAUGUUAUAGUCAAUCUGUAACAAUACGAUAUA